AUGGCACGCCUAACUACUCGAAGUCUCCUACUGCCAGCCUCCCUCCUAGCAGCUCUCGUUACUGCGGCCCCGAAUCCAGUCCUCGAAGCUCGUGACCCAUUGAUAACACCCUCACCGGCGAGAAGAGACGCGACCAAGACAUAUAAGAACAGGCGAGACCUGCUCGAUGGCAUACAGUCGGAUGUCGAUGGCAUUUUGAGCUCCCUCGGGAAUGUGCCCUCAUACGUUGCCAGUGGUGUACCGGACUACUUUCAGAACCUGCCUACGGGAGACUCAGUUGUGAGCUCACUUGGUCUGAGCGAUGAGCAGCUGGCAGCAGUACCGACACAAGCACUGAACAUCCCCCCAUAUGCAAACUUCACCGAUCAAGGCUGGAACGUACGAUUUCACGGAAACAUCUACAAACAGCCGACCAUCAACCAGAGCAAGCUCAAUGACCUGGCAAACGUCUUCUUGAUCGAUACGAGCGUUGAAGAGUUGCCAGCAGAUCAGGCGGACGAGGCCAGGAAUGUGACAGCUUCCAUCUUUGUGGUUCAGCAAGGGGAUGUCAAUGUUUCCGCCAUUCGUGUUGAGCCCUUCGAGAAUGGACCCGGUGAGGGGCAGAACAUCACCCUCCCAUACGAGACUACACCAGAAGGCGACUUCGACGCCUUUUUGCCUAUCAACAGCAAUGGUCUCAGGAACGGCAACGAGACACAGGAGAUCCAAAAGCUUGCAACAUGGGUCACCAACACAACCGAGGGAAACGCAACCGCGUAUCUAGUCCCGAACGAGGGUCUGACUGUUGUGUCAGAUAUCGACGAUAUCCUGCGUAUCACCAAAAUUUACGACCCCAAAGAAGGCCUGCUCAACUCCUUCGCUCGUCCAUAUGUGGCCUGGGAGAACAUGCCGGACAUCUAUGCAAACUGGUCGCAGAGCUUGCCGAAUACGCAUUUCCACUAUUUGACGACGCUUCCUGAACAGGUGACACGAAAUUACGAAGAGUUCAUUUACGACACUUACCCAGCUGGCUCUUUCGAUACCCGUCCACUCAACUUCAGCGAUGUCAGUGCUACGCUUAGCAUUCGACAGUUCCUCCUCACGAAGCUGUUCGAGACCUUCCCGCAAAGAAAAUUCAUCCUUGUAGCGGAUACGUCCAACAGCGAUGUGAUGCGAGACUACCCUGGCCUCUACCACUCCAACCCCGACCAGGUCCAAUGCAUCUUCCUCCGAAACACCACCGCGACCGACAGCAGCGAUCGCUUUCCGUACAACACCGACAGUUUCAAGGACAUUCCUCAAGAAAAGUACAUGUUCUUCGUCAACGCCGACGAUCUUACAAACAUCAACAUUGCGGGCAACACCUGCUACAACACCUCCAUCCCCCAGAACUUGACUUUUGGAUAUCAAGGUCUGCCGUUUGGCAUUGGAGAUCAGCCGGCGGUGAAUGGAAGUGCAAACAACGAUACUGGCGCGGCUGCUGCAUUGGGCGUCAAUACUGGCUUGACGUUCUUCGCGUUUGUGAGCAUGCUGUUCUGGCAGCUGCUCUGA